GCUAAUCUUUUCCUUAGAAGUUUUGAACAACGACGAACUGAAGUCGUGGGUCCCGUCCCCAACAUACACGUAAUAUUCAAAGCAAUCCUUGCUGAGAUUAAGAUGAGUGAGUAGCUUCGGUGACGUGAUAACGCCGGAUUUUUUGUCAUGCUUGGCACUGUAAAAAACGGGACAUUGGUUCUUCCGAUCUCUUGAGCCGUAACAGUUUUGACAGAAUACCUUUAGCUUAGGGGGGGGCAUGAUAAAGAACAAAGCUAAGUUCCAAGCAGAUGAUGAGUUUUCUCAUGCUUUGGAAGUAAAUUAUGCUGGUUUUCGGAAACAUGUUCUGGAUAUAUGAAGUUGUGCGGGGAUUUUGUAAACUAUUAUCCAAUCACGAAAGACUAAGGGUUGACCCUGAAACUUCGAUGGUGUCAACCGCGUGAAACGCGCAGUACCAUAGAUCCGGUUUGUGUGACGUUCACAAGCUCAAGUUACUAGUACUACUAACUAUACUGCAUGUUUCUCAACCACAAGAAUGCACAGACAAGGAGCACUAGUACACCAAGCUAGUACCACAACCACUCAAAGACAUAUCACCAUGCUGGAAAAUGGAAUACAACAAGAGAUACUACACCGAUAUGAAAAUACUGGUUCAAGAUCAAUUAGUCAAUGUAGUAGACAACAAUAUCCAAUAUCCUAUGGUGGCGUUACAAACAGUGAUUGCACCCUAUCAUCGUCACAUACUGUCGCAACCUCUUUUUUUCAGAAUACAGAUCCAAGUAUUUUGCAAUCACGUGCCUAUGCAAACCCAUUGCUUUCACCCCAAUUUGGUCACAUUUGAAACUUUAGAAAGUCUGAUAUUUCUUUGCGCUUUGAAACCAACCAGUUGUGAUUGGUUGUGAUUGGUUGUGAACAAUGUGGAUCUGUCUGCUUGUGGAACAUUUGAAGUUUUGGGACUCUGGUAGGAGCACAACCAUUUCAAAGUUGACUGCUUUACGGUUCAAUUAAAAAACUUAUGUUGUUAUUUUUGCUCCAGCAAAUUGUUGAUACAGUGUGGAAGCAUCAAACAACCCAUAAUGCAGAUACAAAUUACCACUUAGAAACACUUGGCAGGGCUUCCUCUGCUGUGGAGGGCCAAUGGUGUUUCCUCCUGCAGUUAUGUUAUUAUGCUCUUGUUCUACUACAACUCUAUCACAAUCCUCCCCUUUAUGGAUCAAAUCUCUUCUCAUUGUCCUGAAUACUGUUCCGAAACUAUGUCCAAAUUGCAUCAUCAAUCAAGUGUCACUAAAAAUGACGAAAACUGCAUGCGCCCGGAGCCGUUUUUUGCUUCCUCUAGUGACCGACUAAGACUGCAUAAGAAUGUUCCUGUGACAAACACUUAUUAUUGCUUGAUAAAAUACACAAGACUAGCUUACUAUUGCUCCAUGUCCAGUCUUUCAAUGACCAGUAGAACCCUUUCAACCCGUAAACUGAAAAUCAUAUGCUAAAAUGGUGUCCCUUUCAGUAGCUAUUGCAAGUACGUUAGACUCUUUGACUACUAUAUAAAAUCUAUAUGACUGUAUACUUCUAUAAUAGAUCUAUGAAGUAGAAAAAGAAGCAUUCUAAUUGCCCAAAUAUUGAGCUUAUUCUAGUAGUAGUAAAGGUGUUAGGGUACAAUCAUUGAGGGACAGAGGAAGUACCAUUGUUGUAACAAACUGCCCCUCAGUACGUACGUACGUACGUACGUACCGUAUGUUCAUGGUAAUAUGUUGAGCUGCUCAACGGUUACGACCAGUCCCCGAAAUAAAGCUGUUCCUGUUCCCGCUCCGAAACAAACUCGAUGAGCCACCAGAUGCUGUAUUUUUUUUUCUUCUGUUCGAAUUUUGUUCACCUGAAACAAAGUCCAAUUUUGGCUCUCGAAGCAACACCAACAUCUGACCAAGAACGAAGAGUGUGUUCACUAUUGGUUUGCAGCCUUCGAGAUCUCCUCCGUAACUGCUGCUCUCCUAGUCUUCCGAAAAAACGGGAAGAAAGAACCAUGCCGAACAAGAAGCGCGGCCGCCCCAUCCCCCUCGCGGCCCCUGGCCUCCUCCGACCCAUGACGUCCCGGAAACGGGCCCGGCGGGUCACGACGAUGUUCCACAAGCUGACCAAGGAGCGAGACCAGGCACUCAAGGAGGGCGACGCCGACAAGGCCCGGUCCUGCGAGCGGAGCCUGGAGGAAAUGGGCGGGCGGCCGGAGUACCAGCGGGCCAGCCAGCUGAGCACCUCCUUCCACUCGACCUCCCGGUGGGUCCUGGGGCACCUGGCCAACAACGGAUGGCUGUACGGGAUCAAGAAACAGGCCUUGGACGAGAGCGGCGGUUCCACGAGGCGCGAGCGGAGAAAGCAGAGCGCGAGGCGGCGCACCACAAGGAUCCUCGAGGUCGGGGCGAUCAACACGGAGCUCCUGGACGCGGCGGGAAUCCCUGCAGCGGCAGCCACCGCACGUCCGUCCCCUCGGAAAGCGGCGGAUGCGAGCGGGGCCACCCCGCGGUCCACCGGCGCCGCGGCCAAGAACAUCCAUGUCCGGGCCAUCGACAUCCACUCGAUGGAGGAGCGCAUAGAGGAGGCCGACUUUCUGGAGCUCCCACUCGUCCACCCCGACCGGGAGGAACGCUACGACGUCAUUGUGUGCUCGAUGGUCCUGAACUGUGUCACGACGGCCGUGGACCGGGGGAAGAUGCUGGCGCUGCUCUACCACCAGCUCCGGCCCGGGGGGCUGUGCUUCUUUACGGUCCCCAAGUUCUGUCUGACCAAAUCGGCCUUUCUGACGCACGGCCUCUUCAAAAAGAUGCUUGGGGAGAAGGGAGUCGGCUUUCGGGUCGUCUCGACCCGGGAGAGCCCGCGGGUAGCCUUCUUCGUGCUCGAGCGGCCCCCGGAGGAAAAGGACGGCGGCGGCGAAGAAUCCAGACCGGCCCGCCAGCUGGAUCCGGUGUUUACCAGGGAGAUCAUCCGCAACAAAGGCAAGAAGUUCCCGAACCAAUUUUCCGUGGUGCUCCGAAGCGAGCAUGUGUUCGGAACGGACUGAUAUUGGUAUGGACAACGAUCGUUUCGUUUUGUUGCGAGCAGCGCUUUGUCUAGAUUAUUUCCUACAU